AUGGCGCCGAGCUCGAAAGCGGAGCGGGGCGGCCCCGGGGGGAAACGGGGGGCGGCGGGGGGCGCUGGGCCCGGGGCCGCUCCCCGAGGCCGCCGCGAGCACCUCGUGAGGCAGCUGGACCGCGUCCGGCUCAGCGGGCAGCUCUCCCCCCGGCUGUUCCGGAAGCUUCCGCCGCGCGUCUGCGUCACUCUCAAGAGCAUCGUGGACGAGGAAUUUCUAUGGGCGGGCCACAUCUUCCUGGGCUUCUCCAAGUGUGGCCGCUACGUGCUGUCCUACACCAGCAGCUCUGGGGACGACGACUUCUCCUUCUACCUGUACCACCUCUACUGGUGGGAGUUCAACGUGCACAGCAAACUGCGCCUGGUGCGCCAGGUGCGGCUGUUCCAGGACGAGGAGAUUUACAGUGACCUUUACCUGACGGUGUGCGAGUGGCCGGGGGACAGCGACAAGGUCAUCGUCUUCGGUUUCAACACGCGCUCGGCGCCGGGGCUGCAGGUGAACAUGAUGCUCAUGAGUGACGAGAACCACCGGGACAUCUACGUGAGCGCCGUGGCCGUGCCCCCGCCGCGGCACUGCCCCGCCUGCCGCCGGGCCACCGCUCCCCCCGGUGAGGCCCCCCCCGCCUGCCUGCGCCACGGUUUCCUGCUGCACACCAAGUUCCAGGUGGUGUAUCCGUUCCCCACCUUCCAGCCGGCGUUCCAGCUGCGCAAGGACCACGUCGUGCUGCUCAACACCAGCUUCUCCCUCGUGGCCUGCGCCAUCGCCGUGCACCCCGCGGGUGACAGCAGCUCCCAGCAGAUCCUCUACGAGCGCCGGAACGUUCCAGGCCCCAACCGGAGAGGGGAAAACGCCCCCUCGCAACUCCCCGAGGAGCUGGAGGGGGCUGGGGGGGCCCCCCCGGCCGCGCAGCCCCCCCAGGGACCCCCUCAAACCCCAGACCUCCCCCCUGCGCCCCCCUCCCCGGCAGUGGCCAAGGCCAAGGAGUUCGUGGCCGACCUGUUCCGGAGGACCCCCCCCCCAGUGCCCGGCAGCCCCCCAGGGGAGCCACAUCCCCCCGGGACCUCCCCCGAGCCCGGCUACGUCAACUACACCAAACUGCGCUACGUGCUGGAGCCCGGGGAGCCCCCCGAGGACCUGGAGGAUGACAAGAUCUCGCUGCCCUUCGUGGUGACCGACCUGAGCGGCCGCAGCCUGAGGCCGCUGCGGGACCGAGCCACGGCCCAGGGGCAGUACCUGACGGUGGAGCAGCUCACGCUGGACUUUGAGUACGUCAUUAACGAGGUGAUUCGUAACGACGCCGCCUGGUCCCGCCAGUUCUGCUCCUUCAGCGACUACGACAUCGUCAUCCUCGAGGUGUGCCCCGAGACCAACCAGGUGGUGAUCAACAUCGGGCUGCUGCUGCUGGCCUUCCCCUCCCCUGACGAGGAGGGGCAGCUCCGUCCCAGGACGUACCACACCAGCCUCAAGGUCGCCUGGGACCUCAACAGCGGCACCUUCACCACCGUGGGCGUGGGGGACCUCACCGAGGUCAAGGGGCAGACCAGUGGCAGCGUGUGGAGCUCGUACCGCAAGGGCUGCGUGGACACCGUGAUGCGCUGGCUCGUCCCCGAGGGGCCCGGCCGCGGCGUGCACAGGAUGACCAACGAGGCUCUGCACAAGGGCUGCUCCCUGAAGGUUCUGGCGGACAACGAGCGCUACACGUGGAUCGUGCUGUGACAGCGGGCCCCUCCUCAGACGGACACAGACCCCACCCCCCCUCUUUGGGGCCAUUUGUUUUUGCUUUUCUUUUUUUUUUUCUUUUUUUUUUUUUUUUUUUUCUUGCCAUUCAGUGUUUUAUCAGGGGCGGGGAGGGGUCCCCUGGACCUCCAGUCCCACUCCCCAAAAAUAAAAUUCCCAUUUCCACGUUUUGGCGCUUUGUUCGGGUGGGAUCUGGGGCCGGUUCCGAGGGCAGGUUCGGGUGGGAUUUGGGGCCGGUUCCGAGGGCAGGUUCGGGUGGGAUUUGGGCUGAGCCCCCUGUGCAGGCAGGGCCGGGCAAACA